ACGAAGGCAAGCAUUUCGAAGAAGAGUUUUUGUAGAAAUCUUGAGAUAAAGAGAAGAGAAGAGAAGAUGGUGGCAGGAAGUUUCAGCAUUGAAAUAGAGUCUCCAGUGGAGGCAAAAAGGCUGUGGAAAGCAACUGUGGACACCCACAACUUAUUGCCAAAGCAAGCACCAGGCCUCAUAUCGGGCAUCACACUUGUUCAAGGUGAUGGAGGAGUUGGUACCAUUCGACACGUUAAUUUCACUCCUGCCAACAAAGAUUUUAGCUAUAUGAAAGAGAAAGUGGACUUAGUUGACGAGGCCAACCUGGUUUAUGGUUACAGCCUUGUGGAAGGAGGAAUGUUGGGGGAAAAGGUAGCGUCAGUAAGCCACAAGAUUAAAUACACCCCUAAACCAGGGGGUAAUGGUGGAUGCAUUACCACAUUUACCUGCAACUACGAUAGCCUACCUGGUGUUCCCCAGGAUGAAGCCAAAAUUGAGGAGAUCAAGGCCAACAACACUGGUUUGUUCAAGCAGGUGGAGGAAUAUCUUAUCGCCAAUCCCACUUUAUACUGCUAAAUGGAGUAUCAAGAUCUCAAUGGCAGCAGUGUCAGUGUCACUUAAUAAUAUCUCACACUGAUGAUGAUAACAGGGAGGGUUGCACUAUUUGUCAAUGGCAGUUGUGCCACUUAGAUAUACUUCAAUAGGAAGAUGUAUGUCCUAGGCCUGUUAGCUGGGUCUAACUGUAAAGCUUUCUCACUUUCUCAAUGUUGGCUUAGAUUUUGGGUUUCCAAUUUCAGCCUCCUCGCAAUUGAUUAGAAAAAAAACUUUGUGUUUUUGCUGUAAUAAUGAGCUAAAGGUCGAUGCUUUCUUUUAAGUGUUCAA